GUUAUCAGUAUUAUUUCACCAAUGGAGAGAGUUGUUAUACGCCAUCAGGUGGAAACUCCAAUACGGUAUCAAGAGCAUUUUGCUGAUCAAGAUUUGGAAGCCUGCAAAUUAAACCACUCUCUGUUUGCUUUGCCAAGUCCAGCAGAGCCUGCACAGACAAGAAAUAUACAUGCAUCCAAGAGUGUGGCUGAAACAGAGCAGAAAAGCACAGAUGAAGCAAAUCCCAAAUUUCAAGCCCUACUAGACGUAGUUCAGUUUCGUCCUGAAGAUGUCAUCAUUCAAAUUUUUGAAGGCUGGCUGCUAAUCAAAGCUCAGCAUGGACCCAGGAUGGAUGAACAGGGCUUUAUAGCCAGAAGCUUUACUAGGCAAUAUAAAUUGCCAGAGGGAGUUGAAAUGAAAGAUCUGAGUGCUCUCUUCUGUCAUGAUGGCAUUUUGGUUAUUGAAACUAAGACAUUUGGCAGUAAAUAAAUUCUUGACUUCCUGUUACUGGUGAGACAAAUAUUAUUCCUCCUUGUGAUGUCAAGCAUGCAGAUUUGGGUUUAAGGCAAGCUUUCAUAUACUUUAUUCAGUUUGUUGAAGAAACUGUUUGAUGAGCUUGUUUGUGUGAUGUGAGACACAAUAUUUUUCUCCUUACAGCUGCAUGUGUAC